CCGGAAGCAAGGAAGGUGCUGCGUAAUCAUUAAGGAGUGGAGGCAGUUGGAGCUGUUAAAAUGCCGGAUUACCUCGGUGCCGAUCAGCGGAAGACCAAAGAGGAUGAGAAGGACGACAAGCCCAUCCGAGCUCUGGAUGAGGGGGAUAUUGCCUUGCUGAAAACUUACAGUCAGAGCACUUAUUCUAAGCAGAUCAAGCAAGUUGAAGAUGACAUUCAGCAGCUUCUCAAGAAAAGUAAUGAGCUCACUGGUAUUAAAGAAUCUGACACUGGCCUGGCCCCUCCAGCACUUUGGGAUUUGGCUGCAGAUAAGCAGACACUCCAGAGUGAACAGCCUUUACAGGUUGCCAGGUGUACAAAGAUAAUCAAUGCUGAUUCAGAAAACACGGGCUCUAAGCUGCACAGCUUCUCAGACAUGAACCGCAAAGAGGCCCAGGCCUUUUCUACCUGCCACACCAGGCCCAGGCACUGCUUGGGACAGAGGCCUUAUCCAGACAAACAAGGGGUAGACAAAGGCUAUGUUCUCUUCUGA